GUCAGUUAUGAGUAUCUGUUCUUCCGUCAUGGGAACCUCGCUGAUGACGCGAAUUCUUUUUCCAGGCCAGGACUUCCAGUAUUGGCUUCUUGCAACUUGGGAACCUUGCUCGAGUCUUAUGAAUACUCCCCCUCCCAUUACCUGGUGAGUCUUUCUCUGUCAGCGACAAAUAGAAAAAUGAAACCGUGUCGCUCAUCAAGAUGGUCAGGGCAUUUGACACCGCGGCUCUCCCGAGGAACGACCCCCGUCUCACAGCGGCCGACAGCGAGAUCAUCCGCAAAUACGGGUUUGACUCUACAUCCAACAAGGACCCCUGCUUUGCCACGUACACACCGGCCAACGGCGGGAACCCCUCGCCCGUCUCGGACCAUGGUUUCCGCAUAUUCACCAACGACCCGUUGUUCGAAGACGAAGACUGGCCGUUGCAGAUCUACAGAGAAGAUCCUCAGACGCAGGACCCGCGGCCCACGAGCGUCAACAGUGCCUCAUGGUAUAGGCGCGACUUGGCCGGUGACGGGCAAUGGGCUCGGCAUAUAGAAGCUACCACUGCGGUUUCAGCCGAGUCGCCCCCGGAACCGACAGCCACCUUUCCAGAGCCCGGAAAACAAGUCAAUUAAGUAGGAAACCACACACGUUGGCUGGCCAGAGAGCUAGGCCGUAACCCGUCUUAUCCGUGUAGCCCAGUCCUUCCAGCAUGUUCUGUUCUUGGCGACUGGACAUGGCCUGGCCGCCUUGAGAUCAUGUAAGGAGCGUGUUUUGUG